AUGGAUCCCAACAGCGACAUGCUGCGCUUGAUCAAAGAGUUUGUCCAAAUACUCCGAGAUAGUCCGGAGAUCCGAGCUAUCACCGGGCAUGGUGAGGCCCAAUGUGUCAUAGUUGGGGGCGCAGCAGUGCGCUGCUACGUCAAAAACCGCAUUGUCGGGGAUAACUUCGACAUUGCAAUCUUCCCCUCAGAGUUUGCACCGAAACUCAAGGAAAGAUUGUCUACUCUUCAGUACUUUGGAAUGCAGCGAGACCAGCUGGUCUGGCAUACGGUAUAUGGCUACAUUCGAAUAGGCAUCCGACCAACCGAUGAUUUCCUGAGGAUUCCGAAAAAUCUGCAACUGCUCAGCAAUCUAGAUCCCGAUGAUCUCCCCUUCCUGUCUCUGACCGAAUUAAUUCUAUUCAAAGCCCAAGCUUGUGGGAUGCGGUCCGAGAAGCAGAAUAAAAGAGAUGCCGCUUAUGUUAUCAAGCUUCUGAAGCUUUUCCCCGGCCGAUCAUACCGACGCCGGCUCUUGGAUAGUCAUUGGGCAUAUCUGCAGCUUGCGAAGCCCUCCCUCAAAGCAAGCAUGCCAGAAUAUGACUGGGAUACGGCCUUUUGA